UUUGUGUUUGGCAUCAUGGCGGGCGUGCGAGUUCAGUCUGAAUCGGAGGCAGACAGCAAUGAAUUAAGCGAGUUGGAGUGCAACGGCAGCCUAAACAAUGGGGACAGCAAUGGUGGAGGGGGCAGUGCCUCCGACAGUGGUGAUCAAAUGGACCCCGACACCCGCGCCAAGGAAGUGGCUCGUCGCAAAGAAGAGGCCAAAAGGAAACGGCGUAAAAAGAAACGUACCGGCUCAUCUCUUGUGUCAUCUUGUUUCCAAGAUCUGUACAAAUUGACAGGAGAGAUAUUAGGUGAGGGUGCUUACGCGAGCGUGCAAACAUGCGUGAACAUGUACACCGAUUUGGAAUACGCUGUGAAAAUCAUAGACAAGGUGCCGGGACACGCCAGAGGUCGCGUGUUCCGCGAGGUGGAGACGUUUCAUCAUUGCCAAGGCCAUCCGAACAUCAUUCAGUUGGUCGAAUUUUUCGAGGAUGAAGAGAAGUUUUAUUUGGUUUUCGAAAAGAUAAACGGAGGUCAGUUAUUGAGAAGGAUCCAGGAGUACAAGUAUUUCAGCGAGGCGGCCGCUGCCGAGAUCGUGCGCGAAGUGGCAUCGGCGCUGAAGUUCAUGCACGCUAAAGGGAUCGCGCACCGCGAUCUCAAGCCCGAGAACAUCUUGUGCGUGCACAAGGACCGCCUGUGCCCCAUCAAGAUCUGCGAUUUCGAUCUCGGCUCCGGCAUACGUUUCCAGUCCAGCGUGUCCAGUCCUUUGGCGACCCCGCAACUGCAAACACCUGUGGGCAGUGCCGAGUUCAUGGCUCCCGAGGUGGUGGAAGCUUUCGUGGGCGACACGGAGACCUCGUCGUACGACAAGAGGUGCGACCUGUGGUCGCUGGGCGUGAUCACGUACAUCCUCUUGUGCGGCUACCCGCCGUUCUACGGCAAGUGCGGCAACGACUGCGGCUGGGAGCGCGGCGACAACUGCCGCGCCUGCCAGAACCUGCUCUUCCAGAGCAUCCAGGAGGGCAGGUACGAGUUCCCCGAGGCGGAAUGGGGCUCGAUCUCCGACGAGGCGAAGGAUUUGAUCGGGGCGUUGUUGGUGAAGAGGGCCUCGCAGCGCAUGAGCGCCGAGCGCGUUCUAAAGCACCCGUGGUUGAAGUGCGCGAGCGACGAGCCCCUCACCACCCCCGCCAUCAUCAAGAAGAACAACUCGGCGCGCGAGCUGUCGCAAUUCGCCGAAUCCGCAAUGGCUGUGAAUAGAGUUGUGCAGCAGCACUUCAGCAUGAAUUUCGACUAUUUGGAACGGCCGAAUGUCUAUCCGGCGCAAGAGGAGGAUAUUUCUUCGUCGGCCAAAGUUUUCGGCUUGAGUCCUCCCAGCGAGAGCAAUCUCAUGCAGCGGAGGAUCAAGGGAAGAAAUUCGUGCCACUUCUUAGUGCCGGCCAUUCCCAGUCCAAGUGGCUGAAAAGGUUGCCCAUCUCUUUUUAUUCAUCUAUUAUACCUACUAUUUUUUUUUCUCUCUUCAUCAACAAAACAAAUAUAUAUUUAGUUCUUUUUUUUUCGUUUGGCUCUUUAUAUUACUACAGAAAUGUCAAAUUCAUUUGAUUGAUUAUUAUUAUUGUAUGAAGCUCUGCUGGGCUGACGUUUUUCUAAUUUUUUUUUCUAUUUGAUGAUCGGGUUUUUUCGCGUGACAACACACCAACGCAAAAUUUGUCGAUUACACGCGUUUUAAUCAAUUUUCUCAGAAAGAAUCUAAAGCUGCAUAACAAGAUAUCUGUCAUUUUUUUCGAAAAUAAUGGAAAUGAUUCAAAACGGCUUUUAACAAUUUUAACAUUAUUCUUAUGAU